GUCUGGGGGGCGGGGGCGGGCGCGCAGCAGGAGGAAGGCCCAGCUGCUCAGCUGCAUAUAUAGAUGCGGUGAAAAGGCGAGGGAUGCCCAGCGGGGGGGGGGGAUCCAAAAAUGGGGAGUCUCCGCUGCAUUCGGAUUUGAAGGUGGUUUUGCAUUUGCUCCAGGCCUUGGCGAGGCCGGGUGAAGAAGGGGGCAGUUUUAUUUUCCUCUCCGCCCCUCCCCCCAAAGAAAGACUAACCCGCUUUGAAAGCACACACCCCAAUAUGGUGUGAACCCGGGUGCAUUGCACCAAAUCCAGAUUUCCCUCGGUGGUAAUACGAAUCCCAUUGCACGUAGGAUUCCAAGCACCUGGUCUCCUGUCCACUGUCUGACUGGUUUGGGGAAAGGAGGGCCAGCUGUAAGGGAAGGGGGCUGCCCCAUAGCAGCAAGAGCUGUUGUCUGUGUUUACUGGGAAGUAAGUGCCACUCGGCUUCAUGGGGCUUACUCCCAGGUAACUGUACCGAGGAUGGCUGCCUUGGUUGCAUUUUUCUAAAAAUAAAAAAAAUGCUUUGAAGAAAACAUUGUGGUUCGUGGCUGGUGCAAACUCUACAUGGUGCACACCUGCUUCUUGAGGAACUAGGUCAGGGGGCUCACGUUCAAAUAGUUUGGGCCCAGCACCAAACAACUCCGUUCUACCACAACCCUAUGUGUGUUUACUCAAAAGUAAAACCCACAGUGUCCAGUGGUGCUUGCAUGCGGAUAAGUGUGUCUCGGAUUUCAGACUGCGAAACUGAACUUUCCUGGAAAGCCAACAGCUUGCUCUUUAAACAUAAUGUAUAUAUAAUAGCUUAUAUAUAAUAGUUUAUAUAAGCCAUUUUGCUUGUAAUUGUUGCAUAUACAAACAUUUGCCUUGCUAGGUCCUGAGGCAUCGCUCCCCCCUCUAAAAAUAAAAAGGUCUGUUAUUGAAAGAGGUACCUACUCAAGUCAGAGCCAUCCUGAAGUGACUUACUCAACUGAGUAAGCAUGUGCAGUGAUGUGAUUUCUGCAAAUUACUGUUGUUAUUAUUAUUAGUAAUUGAAUUUCUAUCCCACCCUUCAUUCAAGGAUCAUGUGGUGGUUUACAAUAUAAAAACACAAAUAUACGCAACAGAACUGCAAACAAAACAACAACCCCUUUUUGCAAGGAGCUCUGGGAACUUGUAGCGCUGUGAGGCAUUGCCAACAACUCUCAGCACCCAGGAGUAACUACAGUUCCCAGAAUUCCUUGGGGGAAAGCCAUGACUGUGUGAAGGGGCAUCUCGGUGCUUUAAAUGUGUGGACGUGGUCCCAAUUCGUUGCUGGCCUCCCAACUCUCCAGCGCCAGCCAGCAUGGCCAAUGGUCUGUUUCCAGCAGAUAUUGUUUCCGCAGCUUCCUGCCAUCAGGAACCUACUGGAAGGGAGGAUAUUGGGGUCCGACCAUAGCUGCCAAGUUUUCCCUUUUCUCGCGAGGAAGCCUAUUCAGCAUAAGGGAAAAUCCCUUAAAAAAAGGGAUAACUUGGCAGCUAUGGGUCCGGCCCUCUUUUGCAUAGGCCACCAUCUGAUCCGAAAGCUUUCCCCUGUAAUACUUGGUUUGCAAAGGCUGUUAGUUUCCUUUCUCCUCUCUGCCUUAUCCACCAACUCCUCCUCUCUGGCCUGUAUUCCAAGCGAGUUUCCAUAGCAACUCCACACUUAGGCCAAGAGCAGAAUCCAGCAGUAAUUGGAUCCCGGGGCCUUUUGGGAGCCAUGAGGGAACCGUGUGAUUGAAGUACCAUUAGUUAACACAGUUCUGAUCCAUACGCUACCCGACUGACCUGUGGCAAAACCGAGGCCAAGCCUGUAAAUGAGGGCGCAGGAAUAACCAGCCCAUUUGCCCACACAUCCUCGUAAAGUUUAUGUGAGGCUUGGAAACGGGUGUGGGGUGUGGGGGUGUGGAGGAGGCCUAUUUGCACAGAUCUGGCCUCCCUAGUCAACUCGAGCCGCUUCUCGCUCGCCAUAGGUGACCAGGCCAAGGGGCUGUUUACAAGCCUGUACAAGAUGUGAGGGGACUGGAUUUCUGCAUUUUAUUUUAUUUUUCAAAUUAAACAUUGUUGUGUUGUGAUGGGAGCGGGGUGGCGAUACAUUUUCCCGUUGCUAAGGUAUAUAUUUUCCUGUUAAAUCUCUAUCUACGAUGCAUUGCUUCAUUAAAAUUAGUUAGCAACAUAAUGAGUGGGAUGCCAGUGCUAUAUCGAGUCCAGUUGGCAGCUUCCAAGGGACGGUGAAAUGAGCAUAUUAACAUAUUUUCAUUUGGAAAGAGAAGUGUGUAUGUGUUACAUUCUCACCCGACCAAGCCUUGUCCUGAUGCUGGAAAGGGGGGAACAGCCUUGCAUGAGCAACAGCAAGAUCAGCGUGGGCACCAACCCUCUGAGCAGCAGUGUUGCGGACUCGCAGGCCCUGAAAGAGAACGCAAAGUCACCUUCGUCCGCGGCUCUGUCUUCGCCGCCCGCCACGGAGUCGCCCAAGCCUGCCCGGCCCCGCCGCCCCCGCCCCCCGGCCGUGCUGCCCUCCGAGCGCCCCUACCAGUGCAAAGACUGCGGCAAGCGCUUCGUGUACCGCUCCAAGCUGGCCACGCACCAGUGGACCCAUUGCGCCGAGCGCCCGUACAAAUGCCCCGACUGCCCCAAGAGUUUCAGCUACCCGUCCAAGCUGGCGGCCCACCGCCGCACGCACACCGGCGAGCGGCCCUACCCCUGCACGCUCUGCCCCAAGCGCUUCGGACACCGCUCCAAGCUGGCCGCCCACCAGUGGAUCCACACGCCCGAGCGCCCGUACAAAUGCGCCGACUGCCCCAAGAGCUUCUGCUACCCUUCCAAGCUGGCCGCCCACCGCCGCACACACACGGGGCAGCGGCCCUACCCCUGCAACCGCUGCGGGAAGAGCUUCUGCUACCCGUCCAAGCUGGCGGCCCACCAGCAGAUCCACGCAGCCGCUGCGGCGGGGCGGCCCUACCCGUGCAUGCGCUGCAGCAAGAGCUUCCGGCAGCUGCGCAACCUCACGCUCCACCAGCGGGUGCACGAGGACGGGGAAGUGGGGGAUGACUUGUCCCAAAGCAAAGGCCACAGCAACGUAGAGAGGCCAUAGGAGAUCUGAAGCGACUGGACAACACGGGGGUGCAGGGAGGAAAUUGGCUAACUUGGGUGCAGUGGGAUCUUUGUAAAUAACAGCAAGGGAGAGGGGGUUUGGGGUUUACACAGAGAUGCGCUUUGAGGACCCAGUUGCUCAGCUCUUGUGUUGAGGGUCUUGCCGCUGUUCCCCUCCCCCUACAGUGCCAAGUCGAUGUGUGUGUACUCUCCUCCUCCCCAUAGCCCAAGCUGUGUAUACCAUGCUGAAAAAAAGCCAAAGUGUGUGUGGUCAGAGAACCCCGGUUCUGCGCUCAGAAACGGCAUAUUCUGCAACCUGACUAACUUGUGUAUUGCUGAGAUGUGUGCCUAGGAGGGGCAGAGUGCCACGGCCUGCAACCUCAGCACUCCACUGAUUCUACAAAACAAGCUCAGCCACCUUUGAAUCCCAAUUUCACAAGAAGCUUGCAUAAAUUCAUAGAAAAUGUAUGGAUAUGCACAAAUCUUCCGGAGAGCAGAAUUCUGCCAUUGCUUUGUACAACCUCUGACCAUUGCCCAGGCUGUCUCUUGUCUGUGAUCAGUUGGCGCAUGCUUACAUUGGAAUGCAGAGACCAGCAUCUUCACAGUCCAAGGCUCUACUAAGUUAGGCCUGUCAAACUUAGCAUUUUCCUGGGUUGUACAUCAUCUGCCUCCUGUGGCUUAUCAAACCCUGUUUGUGCAUCCGGCCUGUGGCUAAAGAAAAGGGGGACAGUUUUAACAACGCCGCACACACACCGGUGUCACAUACAGUGUGUGCAAUAGAAGUUGCUAGUCCUUAUGAAGGCACAGAUAAGUCUGAAAAUGUGGUUGUGGCACCUGCAACAUUGCCAGGGGUAGCUUAAGUCAAAAUUCCAAGAAUACAUGAAUUUUUUUGGGUGUGCUUGCACGCUACAUUCUGUACAGUGGUGGGCCCUCCCAAAAAGUAGCAGUAGAAUAAUUUUGCAAAUGUUAUGUAUUGUGUUCAUCUGCCAUUUUUUAAAUUUUUGCUUUAGUUGGCAUGGAAUCUUACCUCUGAGCCAGCUGCUGUAAAAACUGGUGGCUCUGGGCUUCUGUUCCUGAUCACAUCAAAAUAUGUCUCCAGGCAUUUACAACAUGUACUGAAAACUGCUGAAGCACAUAGAUUUCUUGUGCUGCAUUUGGAUGGUUGAAUUUCCCACCCCACCCCAUCACUUGGUUUACACAACUUUUACUGCUCGGUUACUUUCGCUUCUUCCGUGUGACCGUUUCACCACAUGCCUAGAAACCUGCCUUCCUUUGUUCCCCCCCCCCCAAAAAAAACAUCCCCCACUUUUGGGGGUUACUGUCUUGCCUCUUGGUUCAAAUGUUGAAUUUCUCAGACACAGUGUUCCAAUCUCCCAUUUUUAGACACAUGCCCACCUUUCCACCCCACUUUCUUGGAUGAAUUCUACACACACACUCUUUGUCCUUGUACCGUUUGCCAAAGCAUCUUUUGCUUUCUCACCCCCACCCCCCAGGCAUUUGUUCAGAUUGUUGCAAGGGAAGCAGGGAGGGGGGGCUGAUUGAUCCAUGGUAUGUUUGUAGUUAAUACUAAACAAAUGGGACUCCCCUGGGAGCCUGGAGUUUUUUUGUCUUAUUUUUCUUGGAAAAAAAUAAUAAAACCUAUAAAAGUUGA